AUGGCCGAUCUACCGUCCUACCGGGUCCAGCCUCAUCGGCCGUUUUCACACGUCGGCAUGGAUUACAGAGGGCCGUUCCUCGUAAAGGAGCACCGCCGUCGCAAUGCGCAAUCGGUUAAGAUUUAUCUCGCGCUAUUUAUUUGUAUGUCCGUUAAGGCCGUACACCUCGAAAUUGUCACCGAUCUCAGCACCGAUGCUUUCCUCGCAGCACUCGAUCGUUUUGUCGCCCGACGAGGGAUUCCGUCCAAAAUGUUCUCGGACUGCGGCACCAAUUACGUCGGCGCCGCGCGCCAGCUAAAAACGUUGUUACGUGACUCCAAGGCCCAAGACCGCCUGUCGUCGCAUCUAGCCUGCACAUGGCAUUUCAAUCCGCCUGCCGCGCCACACUUCGGCGGAAUUUGGGAGGCCGACAUCAAAAGUGUCAAGUUCCACCUCAAGCAUGUCAUCGAUCAACAGGUGAUGACAUACGAAGAGUUCUAUACAUUGACCACACGCAUUGAAGGCAUUUUAAACUCACGUCCGAUCACACCGAUCUAUUCCAAUCCACACGACUUAAACGCAUUAACGCCGGGACAUUUUCUGAUUGGACAGCCGAUUCACGCCAUGCCCGAACCAGACACCACUGACGUCCCAAUCAGCCGUUUGAACCGUUGGCAGCUCAUCCGACAGUGCCAUCAAUCAUAUUGA